CUUGCCCUCCCUGCCUCCGCCCGGGGCGGGUUUGAGGGCGCCGCUGAGAGCGGGAGUGGGCGGCUGCGGUUUGGAAAGGGGGGAGUUGGUGGCUCCUGGGGCAGGUGCUUUGGUGGGGCUGGGGCGUGUGUGGAAGGGCUGGUAGGAGAACGACGGUGCAGGCCUGUGCUGAAGCGUCGGCAUUUGUGUUUGGUUGUUUGGGUUUUUUAAAUGUUGCUGAUGUUUUGGUAUGUCUGGAGUCUUUACGUUUGGGGACUGGCUGUGCAGGUGGUAGCAGAGCUGAAGGAGCUCGGUUUGUAAAGGCCUUGUGUUGCAGGUGCGCUGCUGUGCGUGCCUUUCUCUGGGCUCCCUGAGCAGAGCGGUGAGCAGCUGUGCUGCAGGCAGGGGCAGCUAGCGUGGGCUGCCCAGGCCUGUGUCCUGCCAGGCUUUGAGUGUCCCAGAGGAUGGAGACCGUGCAGCCUCUCCGAGCGUCCUGUUCCAGUGUCCCACCGCCCUCAGUUUUUUUGGGUGUUCAGAUGGCACAAACAGAAACACAGGAAAUUGCCCCUUGUCCCGUCACUGGGCACUGCUGAGAAAAGAGUCUGCGUCGUCUUCGUGUUCUCCAGUCAGAUGCUUGCAUGCGUUGAUAACAGCUCUCUCCUCUCCAUGUAAAACAGGCCCAGCUUUCUCAGCCUCUCAUUGUGUGAGAGGUGCUUCAGUACCUUUGUCAUCUUUGUGGCCCCACACUGCACUUGCUCUGUGUAUUUCUCGUCCUGGGGAGCGCCAGACUGGACCCAGCGUUCCAGAUGUGGCCUCAUCAGUGCUGAGCAGAGGGGAAGGCUCACCUCCCUCAACCUGUUGGCAAUGCUCUUGUAAUGCUGUCUAGAAGUUCAUUUAUGUUUUCUUUUUGAUUCAGGAUCAGCAGAGCAAUGGUUUGGAGAACAGUUGAUGUGCCUUGUCAGUCUGAGGUGACCGGCUGAUGUUUGAACACCAGCUGGUCUUUCUGUCUGCUGGUCGUGUCCCAAAAUGGGGAGGAUCAGCAUCUCAUGUUUGCUUCCCGCUUCUUGGCACUUCAGCAUCUCUCCAGUGGGAUGUCCACGUAUUCUCAACACCACUUUGCGACAGAUCGUUGUGAUAGGAAUACUUGCUGCUGCUGUCUCUCUGCUUUACUACUCUCUGGUAGUCAUCCGCAAUAAGUAUGGGCGUGCAUACAGGGACAAAAGAUUCCACAGGUAUCUUGCCCGAGUAACUGACACUGAAGCUACAGAUACGAACAACCCCAAUCUGAACUAUGGCAUCGUUGUGGACUGUGGCAGCAGCGGCUCUAGGAUUUUUGUAUAUUGUUGGCCAAGGCACAAUGGUAAUCCGCACGAUCUGUUGGACAUAAAACAGAUGAGGGACAAAACCAGAAAGCCAGUGGUUAUGAAAAUUAAACCAGGCAUUUCGGAGUUUGCCAGCUCUCCUGAAAAGGUCAGUGAUUAUAUUUCUCCACUUCUGAGCUUUGCUGCGGAACAUGUGCCACGUGCAAAACACAAAGAGACUCCUCUUUAUAUUCUGUGUACUGCAGGGAUGCGGAUUCUGCCAGAAAGCCAACAGAAGGCAAUACUUGAAGAUCUGCUCACUGAUAUUCCUGUGCAUUUUGAUUUUCUGUUUUCGGACUCGCAUGCAGAGGUUAUUUCAGGGAAGCAGGAAGGAGUAUAUGCAUGGAUUGGCAUCAACUUUGUUCUUGGAAGAUUUGAACAUACAGAUGAUGAGGAUGAAGCGAUUGUGGAGGUGCAUGUCCCAGGCAGUGAAAACAAAGAGGCCAUCUUUCGUAAGAGGACAGUGGGUAUUCUUGACAUGGGCGGAGUGUCGACUCAGAUAGCGUACGAAGUCCCUAAAACUUCCUAUUCCUCAUUACAUCACAUUCCAAAACCAAGGCAAGAGAAGAUGGCAAAUACGAGUCCUUCAUCAGAGGAAGUAGCCAAAAACUUACUUGCAGAAUUCAACUUGGGCUGCGACGCUCAUCAAACUGAGCACGUGUAUAGAGUCUAUGUUGCAACGUUCCUUGGCUUUGGAGGAAAUGCAGCACGGCAGAGAUAUGAAGACAGUCUAUUUACAAGUACAGCACUUAAAAACAGACUGCUAGGCAAACAGACCGGCAUGACUUCUGAUUCACCCUACCUUGAUCCUUGCCUGCCCCUGGACGCUCAGGAUGAGAUCCAGCAGAACGGACAGAUAAUGUAUUUGCGAGGAACGGGAGACUUUAAUCUGUGUCGUGAAAUUAUUCAACCCUUUAUGAAUAAGACUAACGAAACACAGACAUCUCUUAAUGGUGUCUAUCAGCCUGCUGUGCACUUUCAGAACAGUGAAUUCUAUGGUUUCUCAGAAUUCUACUACUGCACCGAGGACGUGUUACGCAUGGGAGGAGAUUACAAUGCUGCUAAAUUUACGAAAGCCGCAAAGGAUUAUUGUGCCACUAAGUGGUCUGUCCUACGGGAACGCUUUGACCAUGGUCUUUAUGCUUCACAUGCUGAUCUCCACAGAUUGAAGUACCAGUGUUUUAAGUCUGCCUGGAUGUAUGAAGUAUUUCAUAGUGGCUUCUCUUUUCCUGUGAGUUACAGCAAUUUGAAAACAGCUCUGCAGGUUUACGAUAAAGAGGUGCAAUGGACCUUGGGAGCCAUUCUUUACCGAACACGGUUUUUACCUUUAAGAGAUAUCCAGCAAGAAAACUUCCGUGGAAGUCACUCCCACUGGAGAAGCUUCUCCUUUGUUUACAAUCACUAUUUGUUUUUUGUCUGUUUUCUGAUUGUGCUGCUCUCCAUCCUGCUUUACCUGCUAAGGCUCAGACGAAUCCACAGGCGAAUGUUGCGUAACAGCUCGUCUGCUUCCCUAUGGAUGGAGGAAGGCCUUCCGCCACAGAAGAUUGCAGGACCCUUAUGAGAUGCUGUGAUGGAGAGCUUUUAUUGGACUUGCUACACAAAAAGCCAUUUUUGCCUCAGGGUUCCUCCUUUUUGUCCCUUUAAACCAUUGAAGAAGCAGAUUGCCUAGAGUGUGUAAUACAGCUAGGCUUUGGAAAUAUGGGAAAAUGGGGUCAACUUGGCUUAGUCUCAUUAGACGAUAUCUGCCAAAAAUUACUUUUUUUUAAUAUUGCACUUUUGUGUGUAAAGGGACGAGCAGAGGCUCGUCGUCAGUAAAUGAGUAGCAGCAGCGUAAGCUAUGUAUGGUAAGAGAAUGAGUGUGAAUUCUCAUCCUUUGGGUGAGAUUGUGAAAUACUGUUAGCUAGGAUGAAUGAGGACUGUUUUUAUUUUCUUUUCCAGAUUCCAGCAUUGAUAUCACUUGACUUUUCAAUUCUGAGUCUCCUCAGUCAAAGAAAAGGAAGUGCAGGGUUUUCAAAAGCAGUAAGAAAACAACCUUUUAGGACAGUUUAUCUGAUUUUAUAUUCUGGAAUAAGUACUGUGAUGGAGAAGAAAAAUCUAUUGCACCCAAUGCUGUGCUUCCACAAAACUGCUUAAAUCAGUUUUGUUUAUUUGUGACAGAUUCCCCUUUUGUCUUGGAAGCUAUAUCCUCCCAGUGGCAGAAGUCACUACUUUUUAAUCCUUUAUUUCUGUUUCAUAAUCAUUCAGAGAUCUCCCUGAAACUCCAGUGAGGUGAAGAGAACUGGAAUAUGCCUAGGCUUUUGUUUCUGCUAGAGUAGACAUGCACAGUGUCUCUUUUUGGUUUUGAGUACUCUGAUUUGUUAAUUUAUAUUUUAUUUAAAACUGUUAAUUUUACUUGAAUCUAAAUUUGUCCAUGAUUAAAAGUGGGAUUUAUAUGAA